CCAUUUUGGAGCUCCGGAUGAGGAGGGAAAAGCUGGGGGAAAGAGGGAAAAGAGCAGGGAGAGAGGUGGGCGAGGACGAGGGUGAGGGCACGGCCGGGCUCCUGGCCGGCCAAAGGAGGCUCGCGGAAGCAGCAGCCGCCGCCCGACCGCAGCUGGAUUUUGAAGAUCGAUCCAGGGGACUGUAUUAAUUUCGGGAAUUGAUUUGAAAGACACAGGCUCUGCCACUUAACAGCCAUGUAACCUUGGAUAUGGAAGAAAGCAGCAGUGUCGCCAUGUUGGUGCCAGGUAUCGGGAAACAGGAAGCUAUGUUGACUGCCAAAACUGUCAUCAGUUCAUCACUGGAAGUUGAUGAAAAAAGAAAAGCUAAAACAGAUCCAUUAAUCCAUGUUAUUCAGAAGUUAAGCAAGAUAGUGGAACAUGAAAAGUCACAAAAAUGUCUUUUAAUUGGCAAAAAACGGUCACGUUCAAGUGCUGCAACACACUCUCUUGAAAGUCAAGAAUCUUGUGAGAUUCCAGCUAAAGUAACCCAGUCACCUGCUGCUGAUAAUAGAAGGGCUGAGAUGUCACAAAUACAUUUUACCCCUGACUCUCUUGCCCAGAACGAUGGGAAGGCUAUGUCUUACCAGUGUAGCCUUUGUAAGUUUCUGUCAUCAUCUUUUUCUGUGUUAAAAGAUCAUAUCAAGCAGCACGGUCAGCAGAAUGAAGUGAUACUAAUGUGCGCAGAGUGCCAUAUUACAUCUAAAAGCCAAGAGGAACUUGAAGCUCAUGUGGUAAAUGACCAUGAAAACGAUGCCAACAGUCACACUCAAUCCAAAGCCCAGCAAUGCGUAAGCCCCACCAACUCUUUGUGUCAGAGAACCUCAGGAAGAAAUAAUGAAACCAUUCCUGACAUCCCAGUCAGUGUGGACAGCCCACAGACUCAUACCAUCCAAACGGCAUCUGUGGCAGAAAUGGGUAGGAGGAAGUGGUAUGCCUAUGAACAGUAUGGCAUGUAUCGAUGCUUGUUUUGUAGUUACACUUGUGGCCAGCAGAGAAUGUUGAAAACACAUGCUUGGAAACAUGCUGGGGAGGUUGAUUGCUCCUAUCCAAUAUUUGAAAAUGAAAAUGAGCCCCUAGGCUUGCUGGAUUCUUCAGUGGCCGCUGCACCUGGUGGGGUCCACGCAGUAGUCAUUGCAAUUGGAGACAAUGAACUGAGUAUCCACAACGGGCCGACAGUACAAGUGCAGAUUUGCAGCUCAGAGUCAUUAUCAUCUUCGUCUCCUUUAGAACAGAGUGUGGAAGGGGGUGUUCAUCUAAGUCAGUCAGUUACCCUUGACCCUAAUGAGGAAGAAAUGCUGGAGGUGAUUUCGGACGCAGAGGAGAACCUGGUUGCUGAUAGCCUACUUUCAUCAGCACAGAAAAUCAUUAGCAGUAGCCCAAAUAAAAAAGGUCAUGUUAAUGUGAUAGUGGAGCGUCUGCCAAGUGCUGAAGAGACUCUUUCGCAGAAACAUUUCCUCAUGAAUGCUGAAAUUGAAGAGGGGAAAACCUUGAGCCAGACAGAAGCCAAGAUUGGAUGUGAAGGAAGAGAUGAAGUCUAUCAUGCUGAUAAAUGCACUGUCGAUAUUGGGGGGCUGAUCAUAGGCUGGAGCAAUACAGAGAAGAAAGACAGUGAGUUAAUAAAUAAAGGACUGACUACUGAUGAGAAUGCCCCACCAGGCCGAAGAAGGACAAAUUCUGAGUCUCUCAGACUACACUCAUUAGCUGCAGAAGCCCUGGUCACCAUGCCUAUAAGAGCUGCAGAGCUAACACGAGCCAACCUUGGGCACUACGGGAAUAUAAAGCUUUUAGAUCCAGACACUGGACAAAGGCAAGUAGAUGGUACAUUGGCAACGUAUUCUAAAAUGAUGUCACCACUUAAAAGCUCUUCGGAGGGAUUGACUAGUUUCAACCAAAGCAACUCUACCUUAGUAGCACUCCCAGAGGGUAGGCAGGAAUUGUCAGAUGGGCAAGUUAAGACAGGCAUCAGCAUGUCCUUACUCACCGUGAUUGAAAAAUUAAGGGAAAGGACAGACCAAAACGCUUCCGAUGAUGACAUUUUGAAAGAAUUGCAGGAUAAUGCCCAGUGCCAACCCAGCAGUGAUACAAGUUUGUCAGGAAGCAAUGUCGUGGAGUAUAUCCCAAACGCUGACCGGCCCUACCGCUGCCGCCUGUGUCACUACGCCAGCGGUAACAAGGGCUACAUCAAGCAGCACCUGCGAGUCCAUCGACAGAGACAGCCCUAUCAGUGUCCUAUCUGUGAGCACAUAGCUGACAACAGCAAAGACCUGGAGAGCCAUAUGAUCAACCACUGUAAAACAAGAAUAUACCAGUGCAAGCAGUGUGAAGAAUCCUUCCAUUAUAAGAGUCAACUGAGGAACCAUGAGAGAGAGCAACACAGUCUUCCAGAUACCUUGUCAAUAGCAACUUCUAAUGAGUCAAGAAUUUCCAGUGAUAAAACUGAUGGAAAAUGUGUUCAGGAAGGGAAUAAGUCGUCGGUCCAGAAACAGUAUAGAUGUGAUGUAUGCGAUUAUACAAGUACAACGUACGUUGGUGUCAGAAACCACAGACGAAUCCAUAAUUCUGAUAAGCCUUAUAGAUGCUCUUUGUGUGGGUAUGUAUGCAGCCAUCCUCCUUCUUUGAAGUCUCAUAUGUGGAAGCACGCCAGUGACCAAAAUUAUAACUAUGAACAAGUAAACAAGGCUAUUAAUGAUGCAAUUUCACAAAGUGGCAGAGUUCAGGGGAAAUCCUCCGGAAAGACUGUGUUAAACAGCAGUGAAGAAGGAGCCGAUUCUCUCACUGGAAGUUCAGAAAAUUUGGUGUCAUCCUCAGAGCUGAUUUCCCAGGCUCCCAGUGAAGUCGUAGGUACCAACGAGAAUGAGAAACUAAACCCUACAAGUAAUACCUCAUAUAGUUUAGAAAAAAACUCCAGUCUGGCCCCUCCUGGCGUGGAGUAUUGCGUUUUACUCUUCUGUUGUUGUAUUUGUGGUUUUGAGUCUACCAGCAAAGAAAAUCUUUUGGAUCAUAUGAAGGAGCAUGAGGGUGAAAUUGUAAACAUCAUCCUAAAUAAGGACCACAACACAACUCUAAACACAAAUUAGGUGGAAUAGUUAUCUGAAGAGGAAAACAGCAGAAGAGGAAAACAGCAGAAGAGGAAUCCUUUAAACCACAGUUUGCCCUUUGUGCUGUCCAGUAACUUACUAGGCACAGAAGAAAUAGUUGGUGUGAUUUUUGAAGAAAUGACAGGUGUGACUUUGGAACGAAAUUUGUAAUGUAAUAAAAGGAAUUCCAAAUGGAUAAGGGGUGAUAAUAUUUAAGCAUUUUGAGUGAGGAGAAGUGGGUUGAGGCAGCAAAGAUGUACUCUUAUAAUAACCCUCUGUUACCUGUUAGUUUAAGUGUAUUUAUUAUUAAAAGCUUGUUAUAGUGUAGAAAUGCAAGCAAAAGAGUUAAGAAAGGGCUUUUCAGGAACUAUUCUAAAACUUACUGUUAUGAAAGUGUCACAAUCUUAAGCAGAGCUUAAUUUUCUUCCUUCUCAAUUUUGACAUGAAUGACAACCCUCUUGUGAGAAAUGGGAGGCACGUGUCUGAGGGUUUUUUGGUAUCAACAAUGGAAGGAAAAGAUCAUUACAGGGCUUUGAGAUGAUCAACCUAAAUCUUUAGCCAGAUUGAUAGGAACAAAUCAUAUACUCAAUCUGAGAUAUAUUACUUUACUCUUUAGAAAGAAAAAAGAAGAGAGACCUCUAAAUCCAAAUCUAGAUUGUAAACAGGCGUUUACAAAGGAAAUUAUUGUCUUAAAUUUACAGUGAAUGUCUUGUGGGCAAAGGAGGAAAGAGGUGAAUUCCCACCAGCCUCAAACCAAAUCUCAAGGUUCAUAAAAAUGGUGACUGGUUGAGCACAGUGCACUUCUCAGAGGUUCUUUUCAGAGUGUUGAUGGAACACUGCAGCUUCUCAAUAGUUACAUAGGCCUUCUUAUCCACUCUUCUAAACUAGACCAAGCUUGUUGUCUAAAAACAACAAAGUAGGAAAAAUUGCAUUUGCUUAUCAGACCUUGGAAGUAGGUUGAACUGUUAAAUAAAAAACAUUUGUGGGAAGAGGAAUGAAAUUCAAAAGCCCCUUAAAAUGAGUACUACUAUUGAGAUUUUACUUCCUGGAGCUUUCUAUUUAGUUAUACUUAGCAUAAGAGAUACAACCAAAUGUGGCUAAAAUGUAGUAAAAAUUCAGGUUGUUUAUAAAACGUUUAAUAACAAACAAAAACUAUUUGGGUUUCUCCUAUCCAGGAAAUUGUAUUUUAUUGGUGUGCAAUAGGACACAUGGGAAGCCAACUAAAACUUGCCAUCAAAUAGAUGUAAUCUUCUCAUUAAUUACACAUUUGUAUUACAGUGUAUUUCAAAGAGUGAAGAGAGCAGGGUUUUUGGGGUUUGCUUUUGUAGUUCUGAUCAUUUACGUAUGCAUUGUUCUGUUAAUGUCAGUUCUGCCUACAAGUCAAAAGGCGGCCGGUGCACCACGCGGUGCACCGUCUUCACGGUGCUCUUUAUGAACUUGACUCUAACAUCUUCUAGAGCUGAGGCUGUGCCUCUCAUAAAGCUUAGAAAACAUCGAAAACAGAAUUUCUUGAAUAGGAUACUCUAUAGGCACAUUUUAGGAAAAGAAUUCUCUUCCCAAAGUCCAGGUAUGAAUCGAAUGAAUUAACAUUUUUCAGAUAGCAUUAGGAACUAUUUAAGGGGGGCCAGGUAACCUGAAAUACUGUCUGAUUUGCGUGUUUUUGUUUUGUUUUGUUUUGUUGCUUUGCUUUUUAAAAUCUAAUUUGAUGAUGAUAUUUGAACAAACAGAGUUGAUUGUAACUUUGCAACUCUUUAAUUUACGUAGCUUUAGUUUAUUUGUGAAAGUUAAUCCAUUUCUGGUAUCUGGUUUUUAAAAGAGAAAAUGAAUUCAUAUAUACUAAACUAUAUUCCGCAAAUCCACAUGCAGUGGGUUUUCUCAUUUUCUCCUGUUUUCAGAAUUAAAAGUUAUAUUUCAUUUCAAAUUCAAAAAUAAACUUUUAAAUGGUUCCAUUAUUAACUAUAUUGUUCCCACUUAGUUUUUUCAUUACUGGUAGCUCUGACUCAAUGUUUCUUUAUAAAAAUCUAUUAUUCUGAAAAUUAACAACCUUAGAAGAGUUUUUGUUUUAUAAAUUUUCCUUGGCUUUAAUUUUAUAUAAUCAUUUGGAAAAUACUAGUAACCAAAAAACAUUCCCAAAAUUUCAACAGUGUAUUUUUAAAUUAACUUUCUUCAUUUCCUUAAACUACUUCCAUUGACUGUUAAAUUUGCCAUUUGGAAUCAUGAAUUUAAACUUUCCCUAGCUCAUGGGAAAAAAUUAACCCAGAAGUUCAAAAGUCUUUAAAUAUUCAUCUGCUCCCAGCCUAAAAUAUCUUCAAAAGCUUUCUCUUGGCCUAUAGGAGGAACCAUAUACCAAGGAUGUUGUGUACCUUCCCAUUAUGGUUUUGAGGCAAGCCUUAAGUUAACCCUCCCCACUAAGAACAAUUGAAUACGAUGAAGACUAAAUAUGCAAUUUUAAUUAUAGAAUAGAUAUUAAAAUAAUCAGCAAGAAUUCCUUUAUAGGAAUAACAUUUACUGGUACUAGAUCUUUUGCCAUGUAAUGCUCAGUAUUUGUUUUCCCCUCUGAACACUUACAAUUCUAAGAUUUGACAGUGAAAAUAGUUUUUAAAACACUUACUGGAUAAGGCAAAGGUGGGGAGGGGGAAGAUGAUGCAUUCUGAUCAUUAUAAAUAAUACUUUUUCAGGGCUCUAUCAUUUUCUCUCUUUCUCUAAUAAUCCAGAAUAUGGUUGGUAUCCCCAGUGUUCUAACAGUACUAUGCCUAUAUUCCACUUGACCUGUAGACUUCAAGUUCUGUGUCCAGCCAGUGCAGUGUAGUGACACUGACUGAAGCCUUUAUUCUAGAUCUUUCAUCUAUUUGAGGUAGCUAUCAGUGGCUUUGUUAUUAUUUUCUUUGUCUUUUCUCACAAAGCAAAUGGUGGGCACCUAUGUUUACAUUGUAUCUUCCUGCAGUGUACUUGGCUUGACAAAGACAAGCAGGCUUCUCUUUUGAGACUUAUUAUAUUUUUAGUUUUCAUAGACACUUAUUUAAUCUUUUUUUAUUGUACAGCAAGGUGCUCUAAGUAAUAUUCUAUAAAAUAUAUUUAAUAGAGAUUUGAGUUUGAUAUUCAUGGACAUGAAUACAUGUAUUUUUUUAAGAAAUAAGUAUUGUGUAACACUAUGGCAUUGCUUCUAUAGCCAAAGUCUAAAAAUUUCUGGAACACUGACAUGUAAAGACUACAGUUAAUUCUGACACUGUAUCUUAUUAAAAUAGGAUGAUUUGCAUUUUGUAAAAUUAUCCUGCACAUCAAGCUGCAUGCCUUAAUGCCUAAAACUCUAGGAUUAUUUUCAUGGUAGAACAGUUUAUCUGUUCAACAAACAGUGAAGCAAGGUCUUAGCGCUACUUUAACUACCUUUGGAAAUACUGUACAAUGUUAGAAUAAUUUAUUUUGCUUUACAGAAGUUUGUCAUGUAUUGACUUUAAUAUUGUAUUUUGGUAAUAAAUUUUUUGUUAAAAACACUUGCCUCUAAGUUUUAUUAACAAAAAGUUAUAUCCAUUCUUAUUUUGGAAAUGUUGAUUUAAUCACUUAGAAAUUUGGAUUUAAAUAAUGAAGAACUUCCCCAGGCUUAAACUAAGGCUUAUGAUUACCCUUUGGUAACAUGUUAAACUAUUGAUGACUAGCAUUAAACUCUGUUACACAAAGGUAAUUGAAAAAGCAUUUAGAUUGUUUUAAUCUUUUAAAAAAUUCAAUCUAGGAACUCUCCUGGUGGCGCAGUGGUUACGAAUCCACCUGCCAAUGCAGGGGACAUGGCUUCAACCCCUGGUCCGGGAAGAUCCCACGUGCCUCAGAGCAACUAAGCCCACGUGCCACAACUACUGAACCUGCACUCUAGAGCCAA